AUGACUGCUGGAAUUAAUACGGUAAUUUUGGCAGACAUUAGUCCCAUGCCAAAAUUAAUAUGGCUGCUGAAAUUAAUAUGUAAUAAUAAUAAUAAUAAUAAUAAUAAUAAUAAUAAUAAUAAUAAUAAUAAUAAUUAUAAUAAUAAUAAUAAUAAUAGUAAUAAUAUUAAUAAUAAUAUUUACUCGAACAAUGUUUCUUUAUUAGUUGUAUAUGAUUUAAUAUCCGUUACUAAAAAUCAAAAAACAAGAAUGCAAAAAUUUUUAAGCAAUAUUUCAAAUACUAUGUUUCUUAAUAACAAUUUUACUGGUUUCAUUUAUAUGAAGUUUUAA